AGCUAUCUGAAUGGUGAUGUUUGAAGAAGCUAAAUCCAUAGAAAGAGAGACACGUGCUCUGUCAUGUGUCUAGUCCUAUCGACAUGCAUCCCUGUUCUGCCUAUUCGAGAUGAACUCCGAUUAUUAUCCGUUCUCAUCACUGACACCUCAAUUCUAUCUCAGCCAUGACUGCUCUACAUAGAGGGUUCCCUCAUGCCAGCAUCAUGAAUGCGCCCUUACACCUGAUCCAUAGAUAGGAAGAGGCAGCCAGAUGCCUAUCCAUCUACCUCCGAUAAGUACUAGAGCCAACGAGCAUUACGCUCCAAAUGGCGACAUUCCCCCUACCUGCACUAAGUCAUUACCUACCAUUACCCCCUCACCUACCAAUAUGCUCUAUGUAAACAUGAACCCAGAUAACAUUAGUCUCACCAAACCAACAAUAGGUUAGUGUAACUGCAUCCCUCUCCUUCAAAAGCGGGGAACUCUCCAAUCAGCACAUCCCCGACCGUCGGGAAUAUAGAUAGUAUAUAGAUAGAUCAUAGAUAGGAUGAAAAUCUGCUUAUGGUUAUAAACAAGCAAAUUUGAGUGAGGAGAUGCCGAUCAACGUCGUAUCCCGGACGGACAACAAAUCAGGUUGGGCCAAUAAUAAAGGGAGGAUUUGCGUGAUGGGCAUUGAUAAGGGCAGAUUGCAGAUUGCAUUGUAAGGAGGUCGGGUACAAUUCCGGGUACUCCGGACUCGUGACCAGUGCACAUCCAUCCAUCGCACUGAUAAGGAAGGAAUCGGAUCGACGGAGUGGAGUAGAUGCGAGUGGUGAGAUGAGAUGGGAUGCCCAGGUUUGGGGGUUUCAUCAUUAAAGUGGG